AUGAAGGAGGCCAAGAGAAAGGGACGUCACUCUGGAUAUGGUAAAUGUAAGGGUACUAGGGAAGCCAGAUUACCCACUAAAGUCCUUUGGAUGCGGAUGAGGGUCCUGAGGCGCUUGCUGUGUAAAUACAGGGAGUCGAAGAAGAUUGACAAGCACAUGUAUCAUGACAUGUACAUGAAGGUGAAGGUUAAUGUUUUCAAGAACAAACGUGUUCUGAUGGAGAGCAUCCACAAGUCUAAGGCUGAGAAGGCGAGAAAGAAGACCUUGUCUGAUCAGUUUGAGGCUAAGAGAGCAAAGAACAAGGCUAGUAGGGAAAGAAAGAUUGCAAGGAGGGAGGAACGUCUAGCCCAGGUGACUACAACUUUGAUAAUAGUUGGAUUGCAUGCAGAUGCUUUGAAAAUGACAAAAAAUAAGGAUUAUGAAUAA